GCAACAAGCAAGGAAUAAUAAGAAGAGGUUGAGGGGGGGACAGGGGUUCCUGCCAUAUCAGUGAGGGCUUUCCCCAUCCUCGCUUCCCUCAUUCUCAGAUGAGGAAGCUUUAAGAUAUGAUCAAGUUGCAGCUUUGAUCGCUCAAAAGGGACUCCCAUUCUUCAUCAAAGCGUCGAAAACCCGGAUUUUUCGAGCUAGGUUUCAGUUGUAUUCUGUAGAUCGGGGGGAAAUUUCUUUUUUUUAGGGGAUAUCAUCGAAGAAAUCUCUCAAGGAGAAGAUGGAGGCCAGUGCUGGUCUCGUCGCCGGCUCUCACAAUAGAAAUGAGCUCGUUGUCAUCCGCCGUGAGGGCGAGCCGGGACCGAGGCCUUUGCAGCACCUAAGUGGUCAGAUCUGCCAUAUUUGCGGGGACGAUGUUGGGCUUACCGCUGAUGGGGAGCUCUUUGUGGCCUGCAAUGAAUGCGCCUUCCCGAUUUGCCGCACUUGCUAUGAGUAUGAGCGCAGAGAAGGAAACCAGGUCUGUCCUCAGUGCAAAACCAGGUUCAAGCGCCUCAAGGGUUGUGCUCGAGUUGCCGGAGAUGAGGAAGAGGAUGAUGUAGACGAUCUUGAGAAUGAAUUCAAUUUUGUGGGAAGGAAUAAGGUGGAUGGGCAAUAUCUUGCCGAGUCAAUGCUGCAGGGGCACAUGAGCUAUGGACGAGGAGAUGUGGAAUUUCCUCAAGUGUUUCAUGCAAUGCCUACGGUUCCUUUACUCACCAAUGGCCAAAUGGUUGAUGAUAUCCCUCCAGAACAGCAUGCUCUUGUCCCCUCUUUCAUGGGUGGUGGAGGGAAGAGGAUCCACCCGCUCCCGUUUUCAGAUCCCAGUCUUCCUGUUCAACCCAGAUCUAUGGAUCCUUCCAAGGAUCUUGCUGCUUAUGGUUAUGGAAGUGUGGCAUGGAAAGAGAGAAUGGAGCAUUGGAAACAGAAGCAAGAGAAAUUGCAUAUGUCUAGAACUGAAAAUGGUGGCAAGGAUUGGGAUAAUGAUGGUGAUGGACCAGACUUGCCAUUAAUGGAUGAAGCUAGACAACCACUAUCAAGAAAGCUGCCCAUUUCUUCUAGCCAAAUCAACCCGUACAGAAUGAUCAUCAUAAUUCGGCUUGUAAUUGUUGGAUUUUUCUUUCAUUACCGGGUCACGCAUCCCGUGCCUGAUGCAUUUGCUUUGUGGCUCAUAUCUGUAAUAUGUGAAAUUUGGUUUGCUGUUUCUUGGAUUCUUGAUCAAUUUCCAAAAUGGCUUCCAAUUGAGAGGGAGACUUACCUUGACAGAUUGUCAUUAAGGUAUGAGAAAGAAGGUCAAACUUCUCAGCUAGCCCCUAUUGACAUAUUUGUGAGUACAGUUGAUCCUAUGAAGGAACCUCCUUUGGUAACAGCAAACACGGUUCUUUCGAUUCUCGCUGUUGAUUACCCGGUCGACAAAGUUUCUUGCUUUGUUUCUGAUGAUGGUGCGGCAAUGCUCACAUUUGAAGCAUUGUCAGAGACAUCCGAGUUUGCAAAAAAAUGGGUUCCGUUUUGCAAGAAGUUCAAUAUUGAGCCGAGGGCGCCAGAGUGGUAUUUCCAACAAAAGAUUGAUUAUUUAAAAGAUAAAGUCUUACCAUCAUUUGUAAAGGAACGGAGAGCAAUGAAGAGAGAAUAUGAAGAAUUCAAAGUCCGGAUCAAUGCUUUGGUUGCCAAAGCUCAAAAAGUUCCUGAGGAAGGGUGGACAAUGCAGGAUGGUACCCUAUGGCCUGGAAAUAAUGUUCGUGAUCACCCUGGAAUGAUUCAGGUCUUUUUGGGCCAAAGUGGUGGGCAUGAUAUGGAUGGAAAUGAGCUACCACGUUUAGUUUAUGUUUCAAGAGAGAAGAGGCCCGGUUUCAAUCACCACAAAAAAGCCGGUGCUAUGAAUGCUCUGGUUAGAGUUUCAGCUGUACUUACAAAUGCUCCAUAUAUGUUGAACUUGGAUUGUGAUCACUACUUCAACAAUAGCAAAGCAAUAAGAGAGGCGAUGUGCUUUAUGAUGGAUCCACUGGUUGGAAAGAGAGUUUGCUAUGUGCAAUUUCCUCAGAGGUUUGAUGGCAUUGAUCGCCAUGAUCGAUAUGCUAAUAGAAAUAUUGUGUUCUUUGAUAUCAACAUGAAAGGUCUUGAUGGGAUUCAAGGGCCAAUUUAUGUUGGGACUGGAUGUGUAUUCCGGAGGCAAGCACUUUAUGGUUUUGAUGCUCCCAAAAUAAAGAAGCCACCUACAAGGACAUGCAACUGCUUGCCCAAGUGGUGUUGCUGUUGCUGCUGCUGUUCUGGGAGGACAAAGAAGAAGAAGAAUGUCAAAACAAAGAGCGAAAAGAAAAUAAAAAAUUCUAGAAAGGGAGAGAAUGGGGCACCUGCUUUUGCUUUGGAGGGUAUAGAAGAGGGAAUUGAUGGGAUUGAGGGUGAAAAAUCAACCAGUAUGUCAUUAAAGUUAGAAAAGAAGUUUGGCCAAUCUCCGGUUUUUGUUGCUUCUACCCUAUUAGAGAAUGGUGGAACACUGAAAAGUGCAUCUCCAGCAUCUUUGUUAAAGGAAGCCAUUCAUGUUAUUAGCUGUGGAUAUGAGGACAAAACAGACUGGGGAAAAGAGGUUGGUUGGAUCUAUGGUUCUGUCACAGAAGAUAUUUUGACAGGAUUUAAGAUGCAUUGUCACGGGUGGCGUUCAAUCUAUUGCAUACCUCCUAGACCUGCAUUCAAAGGCUCUGCACCCCUCAAUCUAUCUGAUCGUCUCCACCAAGUGCUGAGGUGGGCUCUUGGUUCUGUAGAAAUUUUCUUGAGCAGACAUUGUCCAUUAUGGUAUGGUUAUGGAGGAGGGCUCAAGUGGCUGGAGCGGUUUUCGUACAUUAAUGCGACGGUUUAUCCGUUUACAUCAAUUCCUCUUUUGGCCUACUGUUCCUUGCCUGCUGUGUGCUUGCUCACUGGGAAAUUUAUUACUCCAGAGCUGAGCAAUGUUGCUAGCUUGUGGUUUAUCUCUCUCUUCAUCAGCAUUUUUGCGACUAGUAUUCUUGAGAUGAGAUGGAGUGGCAUAGGCAUUGAUGACUGGUGGAGAAAUGAGCAAUUCUGGGUCAUUGGGGGUGUUUCUUCACAUCUAUUUGCAGUUUUUCAGGGCCUUCUGAAGGUUCUAGCUGGUAUAGAUACAAACUUCACCGUGACAUCAAAGGCCGGCGAUGACGAGGAGUUUUCGGAGCUCUACACAUUCAAGUGGACCACACUGCUUAUCCCUCCAACGACACUGCUUGUGAUAAACAUGAUUGGUGUGGUUGCUGGGGUCUCCAAUGCCAUCAACAAUGGAUAUGAGUCUUGGGGACCCCUCUUUGGCCGUCUCUUCUUCGCAUUCUGGGUGAUUGUUCAUCUCUAUCCUUUCUUGAAAGGUUUGGUUGGUCGACAAAAUAGAACACCGACCAUCAUUAUCGUGUGGUCCAUUCUUCUGGCUUCAAUCUUCUCGCUGCUGUGGGUGAGGAUUGAUCCAUUCCUGCCAAAGUCUGAUGGCCCGGUUCUGGAGGAGUGUGGGUUAGACUGCAACUGAGCAUGGAUAGUCUACAUUUGGCUUAGUUGCAGUUGAGACACAAAUUGGAAGAAGGUACUACACUAGUCAUUGAAAUUUCUUCCCCUCAUGAAAUUAUGUGUUAUGCUGUAGAUAGAAAACACAGGCAGUGUUGCAAUUUUUGUCUUUAGUCUUUUGUUCUUUACGGGCGAACCCGACUCAUUGAUCCGGUUAACUGGAACAAGAGCUUGGGCUUACCCGCCCUGUGUAGUUUGUUCACUGGAAGUUAGGUGGCUACUGCAGUGGUGCAUCGUUUGAUUCUUUAUUAGUUUGGAGGAGAGACUGAGAGAAACUAAAUGAGGUGGUCAACAUUGUUCAUGUACUACUGCAGUUGAUCAUCUCUACAUUGAAUUCUUUGAAAUAAAGGCAGGAGGACCUGAUACGACCUGCUAUAUUUAUUCACCUAGACAUAUAAUGCUGAGGACUUGAAUGCCCAUGCUCAUUUUUUAUCCUUUCAGUGAUGCAUUAAGCAGCAAAUUGUGUUAGAAAGUAGGAAAAGCGGGGAAAAUGGAGGAGAAAACUGAAUUAAGUCCUGUAUCUUGUCUUCCUCCAAUGUAAUAAUAGUGCUGCUUUGUAUUUGUUUCAGAAGAAAACCAUGCUCCUGUAUGAUGUUUAUUAUGUUCAUUUCUUGCUUAAUAUAUGUUUACAAGUUGUCCA